ACCGUCGACCUGGCCGUGCUGGUCUUUGGCCAUCGACUCUUUACCCUGGUCGACGAGGGAUUAGUCCCAGGGCUAACCAGAGGAAAAGCACCAGUAGUGGCAGAGGCCGCUACCCAUCGAGCGCCAGUACCCACGCUGGGCUCUGGCGCUUGCCUAAAUGCGCACCACCAAAAAGCCCCCCAAGAGUCGAAUCCAACCUCCACUGCUACUCUAGCACUCUCCAGAUUCGAUCCCGUUUCUGAGGUGCCUUUCCUCCUACUUCACCUCUUUGCACGCCUGUAACAAUAUUCUUUCCUUUCCUUGCCCUCUGCGUUUCCUAUCACUGUCUUUAUAGCAUAUCUCGACUGUCGUGUUGCCCCUCGGCGCGCACGCAGCGUUGGCUGCAUCCAUUUUCUCACUCCCUUUUUGUCAUCCUGGGGACCACGCGCACGCCCUGCGGGGAUUGCUCACAGUUCUCGUUUCCCUAUUAUACUGAAUACAGCGUCUUGUGGGCGGUGCAGACAGGAUUAAAGUGUUGAGUAUCGGCCUUGUUCCAUCCAAGUCCUCGAACAUGGCUUUUUCCAACACACUUAGUGGGCGGAUGGAGGAACUGCGCUUCCCCAGCCUGCGGUCCCCAGACGCCGAGAGUCCAUACAGUUCGAAUGGCUCCUCUACACGAGAGCAAAAUCCAUUCUUCUCAAACAUGCACUCUUCGUCCAACGACGCCCGCGCGAGCCUCCAACGUCGCUUCACAACAGACUCAAGUAAGAUGCCUGUGGCCAGACCAUUUGGUCAGCAAUAUGCGUCCAUGAACACGGCUGCGGCGAAGAACAAACAAAUGUACGAAGACAUCCAGAACGCGAAGCGCAAGGCGGAGGAGCAGUUGCGGCUUUUGGAGCUCCAGGAACGGAGCCUUCAGAUGGGAGCCUCUACUCAGGACCUUGAGCGGAUCUCCACUCGACUGAAUCGGAUCAGUCUCAACGGCCCUGUUAGCGAACCCACCACUCCCCCAGAGUACGCCGAAAGUGGUUUCAGCAAUCGGUUCUCGCGCUCUAGCAGACUGUCUAUGAACAGUAUCAUUUCACCUCCGAGUCUCAGCAAGCGAAUCUCCCAAUCUAGCUCUCAAGUUACCUCGCCUCCCCCAAAUCGUCUUUCAGGCAACGGCAUGUACAGCCAAUCUCAGAAACCAUCUGCAAAAUCAGUGCCAGGCUCUCGAAGAGGGUCUGAUGAAGACGAAUACUACCCAGAGGAUUUGCCCACCACUCGAGCUGCUGCUUCGUUGAAUCGCUUUUCUAUGCCAGUCAACAGCAGUCGUCAUCCGCAACGUCUCAGUGUGAGUGGUGCUGGUGGCGGUUCAUUUGGUCUUGCAAACACCACCAGCUUUCUCUUUGACGAGGAUGAUGAUAAACUCAACCCGCUUGACUUGACAUCCCCCAUUGCAAAAGCCUUCGCGCAGCUUGAGGGCGACGACACCUUUCCGACUUUGACCAGUGACGGUCUCAAGCUUUCUGCCAACUCUGCUGCUUUGGAUCUCGCAAACUCCAAGACGCCAGAUCUUGACUGGACUCUCGGAUCGCGCUACAGACCAGCCCAUCAGAGCAUGCCUCACACAGACUCUUCCAUGUACAGACCUGUUCUUACCAACCUCAACAUCAGCAGCCCACCUGCGGAUCGUCCUGCAGAUUUGACGCGUCGCAAGUCUCAGCGCCAUUCUAUGGGAGUCACUUUUGAAGAUACUGCGCCUCUGCCUGCAAAUCUGACCGUCUCUCGGCCCACGUCCCUCCAGACCUCUUAUUCAACCAACGACGUCCCAACAGUUAAGAAAUCUUUGACUUUGGACACAGCUCCUACGCCUCCCAAGACGCAAGCUGAGCAGCAGUUCCACAACCACAACGUCAGUUUGGGACGAAUUCCUGCGAACGCAGUAAACAAUCGUCAGAGUCGAGAAGUCACCAACGGAUCUGUCAAGCUAGAAGACAAAGCCAUGCCGUCUGCGGGCCCGCUGUCCAGCUUGCACGCCAGUGCAGCGCCGUUCAGCACGUCUUUCACCAGCACCUCAGAUUCCAACGCGAUGGCUUUGGCCAGUCCAACCUCGACAUAUCCACCCCCACAACCUUACAUGUACAAUAUGCAAACUUUCAACGUCAACCAGAUGAAUCCCCAGACCCCCGCUGCCGGACCCAUUCAGCCCUUUGGCCAGAAUCAAGGGAUCUAUGGCAUCAACAAUACGUAUUCUGGCCCACAGCGUUCAGGCACUGGUCGCCGCAACCAUGGUGAUGAAGCUCGAUUCAACAAUGUCCCACUUGAGUCAUAUCGAGGAAAUCUGUACGAGCUCUGCAAAGACCAACAUGGCUGUCGCUACCUCCAACGCAAGCUUGAAGACGGCAACGAGGAGCAUAUCCAGGCCAUUUUCGUGGAAACCUGUCCUCAUAUCAUCGAGCUGAUGACCGACCCCUUCGGCAACUACCUCUGCCAGAAGUUAUUCGAGCAUUGCAACGAGGAGCAGCGAACUACCCUAAUCAAUACUGCCGCUCCGGCCCUCGCGACCAUUGCUCUUAAUCAACACGGGACCCGUGCCCUUCAGAAGAUGAUCGAGUUCGUUCAUACCCCAUCCCAAGUCGACACUAUCAUUCAAGCAUUGUCUCCCCGUGUCGUCGAGCUGGUUCAGGAUUUGAACGGCAACCACGUUGUCCAGAAAUGCCUCACUCGUCUAGGAGCGGAACGUUCUCAAUUUAUCUACGAUGCAGUUGGCAACUUCUGUGUGAUUGUGGGCACUCAUCGUCACGGAUGCUGUGUGCUCCAGCGCUGUAUCGACCAUGCCCAGGGCUUUCAGCGGGCUCAGCUCAUUGCCAGGAUCACUCACUGUGCCUUCGACCUGGUCCAGGAUCCAUUUGGCAACUAUGUUGUUCAGUAUAUUCUCGACCUGGAUGAAGCUGCGUUUACCAAGCCACUGUGUGAAAAUUUCUAUGGUCGGGUUCCAGCCUUGUCAAAGCAGAAGUUUAGCUCCAACGUCAUUGAGAAGUGCUUGCGCACUGCCGACACCGACACCAAGAGAGCCAUGAUCGAGGAGAUGCUGAUGGGAAAUGAGCUCGAGAAGAUGCUCCGGGACUCCUUUGCCAACUACGUGGUCCAGACUGCCAUGGAGUACGCGGAUCCUGCCACCAAGAUGCGCCUCGUUGACUCCAUUCGUCCCAUUCUUCCCCUCAUCAAGCAAACUCCUCAUGGACGACGAAUUGCCAGCAAGAUUCUCGGUAACGAUGUUGCAGGCCGUGGGAAUGCGCCCGCCAACGACAACAUCCUCGCAAGUUUCAACAGUGGCCGCGCAAACAGCCGCCGCAAUGUCCAGAUUGUCGGAGGCGGCUUCAACGGGAUUCGCACUUCCGACGCCUAUGGCUCUGCCGAUAUUCCGAACAAUGUCACUCCCAAUGGAAACACUUACGGCUUGAUGGAUUCAACUGUCAACAUGUACAACGCGCACAAUUACGGCAAUGAUCUCGGGCCGAAUGGUUAUGCUGGCUUCAUCAACGGCUCAGUUGGCGGCUCCAACAAUGUCAUUUGAUGAUUUGGCUCCGGCACCGAGGCUCUCGACACGCUUACGAGUCACGAAAUGAUGAAAAUUUGAAGAUUCCUUUCUGCAUCCGCAUUCAUAGAUCUGCGACCUGCGUCGCCUCGUCUUCAUGCGUGCUUUCUUACGACUGUACCAAUCCACACAACCAAAAAAAGCGUUCGAAUUCUUAACGACAAACAUUCCACGGCCCUUACACUGUAUUAUGCUCAAAAAGGCUAUUCAUCGGUCCAGCAUCAGUCUGGCAGGAGAUCAAAGACUCAUGCCGAGUUUUGGAAAGAACCUAGAGCUCUUGCAUGAAUGAUGGCUUGGUUAACCUUUUCUCCUCUAUCCCACAGGUGUUGAAAUCGAGUGGGCUAGGAGACAUUUCUUUUUAUCUGUGUUUUUGGAAACAACUUUAUGGGAAAAACCACCAAAAAAAUUGCAUGUUUCAUUCAAUCAUGGUACCGACACGUUCGCCUUGUACUCACGAGCAUUGACUGGAAGCUGGCGAAAUGUUCUUCACUGGACAGAAACGGUAUUGCUACCUUUGAAAAGCAAUGGAUGCCUGACUGUAGUGCCGUGGAGGAAUGGUCAUGUACUCAACAAACCAAAGGUCUCAUUUUGGCUAUGUCUCCCUCAAGGGGACACUCAGGGCCUGUACCAUCAAGCAGAGACUAGACUCAAUAGCUAGAAGAAAUUGUAUCUUAGACAAAAUCCUGAUCGUGGUCAGAAUGAGGAGCGCUCUAACAGGGCGUUGCAUAGCAGUCC